CGCAGCAACACAUGUUCUGUUCUUGCACUGUGCAUGAAGCAAGAAAGAGAAAGAAAUCAAAUUUGUGGAACGGAGUCUCAUUAAGGUUAUCUUUCCUUAAGUAGCCUUUCUGAGAUGCCCUGCUUCAGUUGGUAGGUGCUUUAUCCUUCCUCCACUUCCCACCGCAUAGAAUAAACGGAGUUCAGGGAAGAGUCCAAAACCGAAUGCUAGCUGCCAAAGGAGCAAUUUUUACUUACCUUGUGAUCCUCUUGGUUUCUCCGAGCUCUCGGUUGCUAAAAAUUCCUCCAUCGACUGGUAAAGAUGCGAUAUUUAUUGAAGAACUGGGAUGGAGAGUGGUGAUUCGAGGGAUUUCGUGGUGCCGCAAUAAGAGGAGAAACGAAGAAGAGGAGACUGCAGAUAUGAGCUUCAGGAGAGGAAGCGGUGGCGGUGGUGGAGGCGGAGGAGAGCUAUCGACGAGGGGAAUGGUGUCGAAAAAAUGGACAUUUUUGCUUUGCAUUGGAAGCUUUUGUGUUGGCUUACUCUUCAUCAACAGUUGGACAAUGCCUGAAGCCAAGGACAUGAUUAGGGCAACAGGAACAGAAAAUAGUAAGAUGAAUCUAGUUUCCAACGAUUGCAAUCUAAGAACGCUUAACAAAAAAGGAGAAUCUAAAGAAAUCCUUGGCAAAAUUUCAAACACUCCUGAAGAUUUGCAGACACUAGAUAAGACAAUAUCUAACUUAGAAGUGGAGCUAGCAGCUGCCAGAGCUGCACAGGAGUCAAUUCUCGCUAGUGCUCCACCGACAGAGACUCUAAACCCUACUGAAACUACUGGUCCGAGGAAGUAUCUAAUGGUUGUUGGAAUUAAUACGGCAUUUAGCAGUCGUAGACGAAGAGAUUCUGUCCGUGCUACUUGGAUGCCUCAAGGCGAAAAGAGAAAGAAGAUGGAAGAAGAGAAAGGCAUUAUUAUCCGCUUUGUCAUUGGCCAUAGUGCUACACCUGGUGGAAUUUUGGAUAAGGCAAUCGAAGCUGAACAUAACAAGCAUGGUGACUUCAUGAGGCUGGAUCAUGUAGAAGGCUACCUAGAGUUAUCAGCAAAAACCAAAAUAUAUUUUGCUACGGCUGUCUCUAUGUGGGAUGCUGAUUUCUACGUCAAAGUAGAUGAUGAUGUUCAUGUAAAUAUUGCGACUCUUGGAAUGACUCUGGCUAAACAAAGAAAAACAAAGCCUCGGGCGUACUUAGGAUGCAUGAAAUCUGGUCCAGUCCUAGCUCAGAAGGGAGUCAGAUACCAUGAACCUGAGUAUUGGAAGUUUGGAGAGGAGGGAAAUAAAUAUUUUCGACAUGCUACUGGUCAGCUAUAUGCCAUUUCUAAGGAUUUGGCCAGUUAUAUAUCCUUGAACCAGCAUUUGCUUCACAAGUAUGCAAAUGAGGAUGUAUCGCUGGGAUCAUGGUUUAUUGGGUUAGACGUCGAGCAUAUUGAUGAUCGCAGAUUGUGUUGCAGCACGCCACCCGAUUGCGAGUGGAAAGCCCAAGCAGGGAACGUCUGUGUUGCCUCAUUUGAUUGGAGUUGCAGUGGGAUUUGCAACUCAGCAGAAAGGAUUAAGGAGGUUCAUCGGCGCUGCGGGGAAGGCGAGAAAGCUCUCUGGAAUGCAUCCUUUUGAGUUCCAUUAAUAAGCCUCUGCGUGCCAAUUUCCAAUCAAUCUCUGGUGCCAUACUACAUACGUUGUGUCAUGUUAAUAUAUAUCCGUAUUGAAAGAUGACCACGGUGGCUUUAAUUUCUUUCAGCAAGCUAAGGGAACUUUUUCAUUUUGCUAAGAAAAGAUUCCCGUAGCCGUAGGGAUAUGAUGGGUACACACUACACACACAGUAAGUCAGUAAGCGAGAGAAAAUACAGUUCUCCCCCACAUUUUUUUCAUAAAUUGGCCGACUUGUUCUUGUAUAAUUAUAAUAGUUGGAUGCAAUAAAUGCUUUGUUUGCGUUUUUCUGGUA